AUGAUUAAAGUGACCAUCUACUUCAUAUUUUACAACACCCUAAUGAGAAACCUUGCAAUAUUGAGAAGCCUAAGAGACAAGAUUCUUAAAAAAACAAGUGGUAGAAGGCCAAUGGCUCGGGUAGAUAUUGUUCAGGACACGCCUCAAUCUUCUGAGACUACUACAAGCAAUACCAAAGGAUCUCAGUGGAAAUGGCCUUUUCUAUUGAAUAGAGACUUGAUGCCACCAUAUCCAACAGAUGUUCAAAGGAUUGUAAUCCCACAUAUAUUGGCAAAGGAGAGCAUCGGUGUUGUUUCCAAAACUGGUAGUGGAAAGACCCUCUCUUAUGUACUGCCUUAUAUACAUAUUCUAGAAAGUGAAGACAAAAGAUUGCUGGUUAUUGUCCCUACAAGAGAACUAGUUUCACAGGUGGGGCAAAUAUUUAGAAAAUUCUCUGAAGACAGUCUCAAGGUUGUAGAGAUAACAGGAGAAAUGGGUAUAGAUUCACAGCGGCUUCAGGUUUCCGAGCCGUUUGAUGUGAUUGUUUCCACGCCUGGAAGAUUGAAGGAGCUUGUGAAAUUAAAGAGUAUUGGAGGAUUUGAAUAUGUCGUUAUUGAUGAGGCUGAUAGAUUGAUGCAGCAUGACUUUAGGAACGAUGUAACAUUCAUAUUAGAAGAAGCAGGGGCAAAAGUCAUUAGCCUUUUUUCUGCAACGCCUUUUGAAUGGAAUGGUGUAACGAAGAUCUCGGUUGGAGAUGUUUCCGUCAGCAGAAGUGUAGAGGAGUUUUUCUUGUACGCUGAGGAGAAUGAGAAGCAGGGGAUUCUUGAAGACAUUUUUGAGUCUUGCGAAGACUGGCUUAUGAAGAACAUGAAUGUAAAAACGAAAUGCCUAGAGAUAAAGAAAAUUGUUGUAUUUUGCAAUACCAUUAAGACAUGCGAAAGCCUCCAUAAAAGAUUUAAGGGAUCUCUGGUGCUUCAUUCGAGAAGGACUAUGGAGGAAAGAAAGGCAGUAGUUGAAGCAUUAGAGGAGGAAAAGGUAGUCUUGAUAGCCACCGACUUAGGAGGAAGAGGAAUAGAUAUAAGGGAUGUCGAUUUGGUGAUAAACUAUGAUCUUCCUAAGACCAUUGAAGUCUAUGUCCAUCGAUGUGGCAGGGCAGGAAGACAAAAGGAGGGGAUGUCUCUAUCGAUGGUAUGCCGAGAGGACAAAGAGCUACUCCCUAAACUCAAAAGACUUAUUGAAAGGAAGGGGGGCGUUGUGCCUGAGUUUAUGGACAUAAAGGAGGAUAUCAUAUUGGACUGA